AUGGAUAUUAAGAUCUUGACUCCCCUUCUUCUGACGAUAUGUUGGGUCGUUGAUUCGGCUGUAUUCACUGUGAGAAACAAUUGUCCAUUUACAAUAUGGCCGGCAGCUUUAACAGGAACCGGUUCACCAGUCCUAACCGGGUUCGAGCUACCAUCGCAGGCUUCAAAAGCUCUGACCAUUCCGGCUCCAUGGUCUGGUCGAAUCUGGGCCCGAUUCCAAUGCUCCAACUCAGGAAGGUUUACAUGCCAAAGCGGUGAUUGCAACUCAGGCAAAAUCGAAUGCAACGGCGCUGGUGGCACGCCUCCCGCUACGUUGGUGGAAUUCACAUUAGCAGGAGACCAAGGCAAAGACUUCUACGACGUGAGCCUUGUCGACGGAUUCAAUCUACCCGUUAAGGUGACCCCAGUCAGUGGAAACUGUCCGUCCACGAGCUGCCCGGUCGAUAUCAAUAACAACGGCUGCCCCAAGGAGCUGGUCGUGAGGGGGCAGAACGGCUCGGUGGUUGGUUGUAAGAGCGCAUGCCUGGCAUUCAAUAAGCCGCAGUAUUGCUGCACUGGCGCGUAUAGCACUCCGGCUACGUGCACGCCUUCGAGCUUCUCUCAGAUAUUCAAGUCGCGAUGCCCACAGGCUUAUAGCUAUGCUUAUGAUGAUAGAACCAGCACAUUUACAUGCCCAACUGGGAACAAUUAUCUUGUUACAUUCUGCCCAUGA